AUGGACACAUCAAGCCAAGAAUUUCAAAAGCUGUACAGCGCAAUGUCAGCCUUCGUCACAGAGUGCAUGUCAGGCCACGACCCCUCCCACAACCCAGCCCACGUCCACCGGGUAGUAGCACUGGCAGAGAAGAUCCUAGCCUCAGAGCAAAGCAAGAAACCCACAAAACAAUUCAACGAAGCCGAAGUCAAACUAGCAGCCCUACUGCAUGACAUCGGCGAUAGGAAAUACAUCUCCAAACUUGACACCGCAUCUGGAACAGAAGCCGUAGACCCAACGACGAUGGUGAAACACGCACUCCUGGCCCAAGGCGCGAGUGCAGAUCUCGCAGGUCGGGUCCAAACCGUCGUCUCGCAUGUCUCAUAUACAACUGAAUGCAAAGAUCCAUCUGUGAUCAGGAACCUCAUUGCAGAGGGGUAUGGCGAGUUGGCGAUUGUACAAGAUGCUGAUCGACUUGAUGCCAUUGGAGCUAUUGGGAUUGGGCGGUGUUUUACUUUUCUUGGUGCUGUUGGGAAGAAAUAUUGUGAAGAGGGCAAGUGGGAGAUGGGCAAUUCGAUUGAGCAUUUUGGGGAUAAAUUGGAGAAGUUGGAAGGGAUGAUGAAGACUCAGACUGGGAGGGAGAUGGCUAAGAUUAGGACGGAGAGGUUGAGAGUUUUCAAGGGGUGGUGGGAGGAUGAGAUGCAUAUUUGA